GGAUGCAUUUAUUUUAUCUAGGAACAUACACUGAAUAGAAUACUGUAGGGUCAGUUCAUAACGCUUACUCACAGCUCCAUCCUUGUCCGCAGGCAAUUUCGCUGAAAUAAUUUCAUGUCAAGAAAAAUUUGUGACGUAACCAAUAAUUAAGCAUUGUUCACUGCCCAUGUUUUUUCAAAACAACAGUUUUGCUGAAUCUCUCUCAAUCGAAAAAUAAUGUUCGCCCUUCGCCGUGCUGCUGUUCGCGCCAUCGCCACCCCUCGCCCCACUGUUGUCAGACCCUUCUCUGUCUUGGCCGGAAAUGUCGCUCACCGUGAUGCCGACAGCUUGAUUGGACCUGGUGCUCAACCUGGUACUGUCCCCACUGACCUCGAACAGGCCACUGGUCUGGAGCGUCUUGAAUUGCUCGCCAAGCUUGAGGGUAAGGAACUCUUCGACAUGGAGCCCCUCAACAUGACACACCUUGGUACCAAACAGAACCCCAUCGUUGUCAAGUCCAUGGAUACUACCCGUUUCGUUGGAUGCACUGGCUACCCUGCUGAGUCCCACGAUACCAUCUGGUUGACCGUCAACAAGGAGCACGACUUCGAUAGAUGCCCAGAGUGCGGCAGCGUUUACAAGUUGGACUUCCAGGGUUCUGAGGACGCUCACGGCCACCAUUAGAUGAUUUAACAAUAUAAACAAGAAGAGGAUGGUGUAUAUUGCGUCGCGUUGUAUUUAGAUCAAAUUGGAAUUUCGUUAUAAAAAGAAAAAAAAGAGAAUGCCCAAUUUUUUUUCAAUUCAAAAAGAAAGAGUGUUUGAAGCGUGUUGAAACAGCGUUGUAGAUUACCGGUAUGACAGACAGAGCGGUGGGGUUUGGUGAUGGGAAGUGGCCCC